AUGGCGGCAGAACGCAAAUGGGCAGAUUUUGAGCUCGACGAUGACUACGAGCUCGGCGACCUGGUGAACACAGCCACCGGGUUCGAGACAAAGCCCGACGAAGAAGGCAUCAAGACCGUGACGACGUACACGCAAACGCUGCGAGGCGAAACCCUCAAGGUCACCAAGAGGAUUAAAGUUAUCCGAAAAUGCCAGCGCAUUAACAAGGAGGUGUACGCGAGGAAGAACAUUGUCCCUUUCGGUCUCGAUGCGGAGGACGGGGAUCCAUCCCUGCGGGCGACGACCGUUCGAUCUCACGAAGAAAUCGUCAUCGAAGUCCCGCGCAGCAGCAAGCAACGCAAGUUCAAAGAGGAAGAAGAAGACGACGAUUUCUACAUGGGAGACUUGAAUCCUUCCAAAACGUCGCGCGACUUGCGCCAGAAAUUCCGAGCCCUCAGAGAAGACGACGACGGGGGUGCUGCUGGCGGCGACGGCGAUGAGGAAACGGGGUUGCGCUCAGGCGGCGCUGGCAAGUACAUCCCGCGCGCGAGGAGAGACGGCGAGACUCUCAAGGAUGUGGAAAACCGCCGCCGCGAAGAGUGCACAAUCCGCGUUACGAACUUGAGCGAAGAUGUGAAGGACGAGGAUCUGACGGAGUUGUUCGGGAAAAUCGGGAAGAUCGAUCGCAUCUACCUCGCCAAACACAAGGAGAAGAAGUGCAGCAAGGGGUUCGCCUUCAUCACUUACCAACGAAGAGAAGACGCCGUGCGUGCAAUUCGACAGCUCAAUCGUCACGGCUACGACAACUUGCUCCUCAACUGUGCAUGUGGUCACCCAAAAAUCACGGUGGGCAUCCUCCUCACGCUGUUGGGCAUCCUCCUCACGCUGUUUGCGGUGUACAUACACCUCCGGCUCCAUCCGCGGCGUCCCGACGCCGCAGUCUCUUGUGGCGCUCACAAUACGCCGUUCAGCCUGAUCCGUUUUCAGAGCCAUUCAGACUUGGUCGUGGCGUUGUGGGAGAAGCUUCAAAACGCGCACAACUCGCGGGUGAACGGCGACGAGGUGCUGCCCUCGCCUUUUCUCGGCUUUGCCAAUGAAGCGGAACGAAACGAAGCCGAAGUGCCGAAAAGCGAGGAAGACGUGACGUGGCCACUCGGCAAAAGCAACCGUGGAGAGAUGGAUAAACGAAGAAGGCCUUCGCGAGAAGACCAACUCGUUCCAGCGCCCACAGUCCUCCCCCCUCCUGGCGGCCUCAGAGGAAAAACCGAGAAAAGACAAGCGCCGCCGCACCUCUGGAGUGUCUCUGCAGGCCCAGCCGGUGACCGGCCUGCGAGUCCAGCUCGGCCGACAAAGUUCGCCUUCUCGUCUUCCCCGUCUCUUGCAGGGAAGCUGGGAAGCUCUCCCUGGAAGAGCCGAGAGGCGAACAAAACGACAGAGGCUUCGGAGGCUGCCGACCCUUUGCAGGCGAAGACGGAGGGUGACGAAGGCGGAAGAACCGGAGAGGACGAAGGGCGAGAGGCUCGAGAUUCCAGAGCACUCGAACAGGAAGUCGAUCUGGUGACUCAAGCGGCCACAGGCGGUUCAUCUUCGCUCUUUUCUUCCCCUCAGGCCGCCUCGGCGCUUCCCGGGAAGUCUAGCGCUUCCUCCACGAUUCGAACCGAACAAGAGAGACGAGGCGGAGCGCGGUCGGGCCCCGAGGGGACACUCUUCCCAGGAGACAGAAACCCCCGAAAGGAGACAGAUGCCCGCGAGCAGGAAGGGAUUUUGGGGCGAGAGAAGAAAGAGGAGCAAAAGGCUGUGGAGGGCAUUCCUUUGUUUUUUCCGUUUUCUUCACCUCGGGGAAAACCGAGCAGCUCUCCUCUGGGAGCUGCAGAGAAACCUGCUUUGAGUUGUCUUCGGCCUCAGAACCGGGACGAGGUUCCCAACGCUUCGCAGAUUCAACACGACCUUCGACUCUGCCUCUCCGCGUACGACGCGCGCCGCGCUCGCUCUCGGAUGCAGAGCCCCAGUAAGAAGCGCGCGACAGAAAAGGGAGAGAGAGAUGACGCAGGACGAGGCGGGAGCGCGAAGAGAGACGCCAGGGCCGGACACCGAGGCGAGACGAACUCUGAGGAAGCAGAACUCGGGAAAGGGCGAACCCGUGGAGAGCAGAGAGAAGAGGGAGACAGCUCCAGGACACUUCAAAGCGAGGGAGAAGAGAAAGAGGAGAACGCGGAAAGCUCAGGGAAGACAACCUCGGAGUCCAGAGAAAGGGAGAAGGAACCUGACGCAGAAGACGAGGAAAUGCUUCCUCCUUCCGAAACAAGUCUUCGUCUUCCUCUCGGCUCGACUUCUCCUUCUCUGCAGGUCUCGAAUGAAAAACAAAGCACGAAAGACGAGAAGCUUGCUACGCCAGUUCCCGGGCAUUCUGGACCGGAAAAAAGAGCAGAUGACGCGCUCGGCCUCAACAAAAACCAAGCGGGGGUGGAGCGACGCCGCGACGUUCUCCACGGUUUGCCGUCUUCGCCCGACGCCUGUCUCCGUCCGGGGCUCCCGCCGGCCUUGCGUGUCUGUACAGAGUCGCAGUCAUUCGCUUUCUGUCGAUUCGUUAGCGCGGUCGAGUCGGAGACGUUUGCCACCGCCAGGCAACUCAGCCUGGUCUCCGCACCUUCAGAAGGAAACGAAAAGCGCGCUGUCUCGCCCAAUGUCGCGGAGAAGGACCAGUCGCCUUCUGCGUCAGAAUUCGUUAAAUCUUCUGCAUCCUUCCCGCUCUCGCCGUGCGGAGAAGGCUCCCGUUCGGCGGGAGGAGAAAGAGGCGGUGACGAGCACGAGUGUAGCCACAAACAGUCUACGGUGUCGGUACACCCCAGACAAGAGGCGAAGGAGGACCGAGAAGAAGACCGAGACAGAGAGAGUGAAGUCACCGAAGGAGAAGAAAGCAAAGACACACGCCGAAAUGGGACAGGCAAGGGGAGACAGGAGGAAACGGAUUCGAAGGGGACAGCCACGGAAGCAGAGAAAGGGGAGAAAGGAGAGAGGGGGAAGGGAGAAGAAAGAUAUGGAAAAGGAGAGGGAGAGGAUGGAGGAGACCGGGAAGCCGCCGCGUCUUUCGGCUGGGCGUGCUGUCUCCAGAAAAGCCCACUUGUUGAUCCUGUGGAAGAAACAAGUUGGCGGUGUGACGAGAAUCCCCAGAGGGAUCGUGGACGCGAAGCUGAAGAGCGAGAAGAAAGAGAAAGAACCUCGAAGGAUGGCGCACGUUCUUCUCCCUUCUCGUCGGCAUGCGCUCCACUCCAUGCGUUGCCUGUGGCUCUUUCCCAGCCCUCUCCACACUCUUCAGAAGUGACAGGUCAACCUGCCGGCGCUCUCCCGCCUUCUCCUGAGAGCCUCGCUCGCAGGUAUCGCUGGCGUCGUGUCUAUACAGUCGGCAUAUCGGCGAGCAAAGACAGAUGGUCUUAUGGACGAGAAGCGCUGCGCUCCAUGCCACAGAACAAAGGAGGAAUCUGGAGACAGAGAGGGCGGAUUUGCCUCAGGGCGCGACGACGCGAAGGCAGCCGAGUCGGGGCACGGGGAAAGGGAAUGCGACAAGGACACCUCGCGCUGGGAAAAGCAAAAAGCGAGUUCUUCGUCAGCGCGUCGUUCUCCGAGGCUCGACAGGCCUCUUCGGACCCUCUGAAAGGAAGAGGAACGCGACCGACAGAAGGCAGCGCGAGAGACAGAGACAGCAGCGAGGCGCGGCAGCCAGAAACCACAAAAGAUUUAGGCAUCCACUUCCGCGAAGAAGGCAGAGAAAGCGAGAAAAGCCCGUCAUCUCAAGAAACGGAAUCGAGAGAAAAAAUGGAAUCGAGAGAAGAAACGGAAUCGAGAAAGGAAACGAAAACGAGAGAAGCAACGGAAACGAGAGAAGAAACGGAAGCGAGAGAAGAAACGAAAACGAGAGAAGAAACGGAAUCGAGAAGAAAAAUGGAAAGGAAAAAAGAAGCUGCCGAAACAGGAGGGCUCCACGGCAUGCCUGUAGGAGACAGUCGCGGAACAUUGUUGGCAAGCGUCUCGGCGCUCCGAGAACAGGAAGCGCUUCAAGGGGACCGCGAGACAGCGCGCCUUGUUCGUGGAGCAGUUUUGCCUGAUGGGCCGAGAUCCGCUUUAGGGUUUCAGCGCCUGGCAUUUUCAUCAGCAGUUCUGAAAACCAUAGAGUCUCGCGACCUUCCGGCAUCCGUGGCGGGACGGGAGAUGCCGAACCACCCGCCGCUCGAAACGCGACCAGUUCUCUCCCUCACGGGUCUUGCUAUCUGCGAAGCCUCUCCCCUCCUUCUCGCGCCGCGUGCUUCUGCAGGUCGCCCUUCUUCUUUGUCUGUUUCCUCAGCGCAUCCUCCGCUCCCGUCUCCAUCUUCCCCUUCUCUUCCUCCUCUCCCAUCUCCAUCUUCCCCUCCUCUUCCUUCUCUUCCUCCUCUUUGGGUUUUGUCGCCGCGGUUGCCGCAUGCGAGCGAAGAGGCGGAGAUGGCGGGACGGACCGCCGUUGCAGCGCCCGCCGAGGGGGGGCGAGUCUCCGCGGCCAUGUCAGUGGACGACAGUGACGGGGAAAACGCGACGGAGGCGGCGCACGUCGAGGGAUUUGUUUUCUCUCCAGUCGAACGGGGCGCAAACGCGCCGCAGGCAAGGCGAGGAAGAGGACGAGGCGAAGAAAAGGGCAUGCUCAAGACCGCGACGGGAAGGAUGGAGUCACACGGGGAGAAUCGGGUCUCUGAGUGGCGCUGGCGAGGAGAAGACGAGGGGGAAGAGGCGGGAGAGAGGACCGAGAAGGGGAAGGCUGUCGCGCGGUGGGCAACACUGUCUUCUCCACCUGGCGAGAAGGAGGAAGAGAGCGAAGGAUGUGCACUCUGUCUCCGAUCUCACAGAGAGCGCUGCGCCUACCGCCGAGUCAGGUCGCGGCGUCAUUCGCGGGGAGGAUGCGAGGAAGAAAUCGACGAGCUGACAGAAGAAAAGGGCGAAAGUCGAACAGAGAAAGGAAGAAGCCGGGAGCAAGGGACAGACAGGAACGCGCGCCUCACGGAGACAAAGACAGAAAGAGAAACAGGGGAAAGAGAACGCGACAGCGGAAAGUCCUCCCUGUCGGGAUCUGGCCAAAGCCACCGCGAACAGUGUCACUGUCAACCCCAACCACAGCUCGAAGCACGUCGCCAGGAAAAGAAAGACAGCGAACGAGAGACGGAAAGAGAGAGAGGAAGAGAGAAAGAAAGAGAGAAAGGAGAGAAAGGAGAGAGAGAAGGAACGCCUCGCGCCAUGUGUCGGAAAGCGCGCAUUUGCAGGGGUGGACGAGAGGUGUUGGGUGUCGAGGUUUUGUCGUCUUAUCGAGAGCAUGGAUUGGAUGAAAUGUGCGAGGAAGAGCGCGAGGGACUUGCUGCGAACCAUCACCAGUUGGUGGCGCUCCUCAACAAGCGUUUGGUCGAAGGCGUCGCGCACACUGGAGCAGGGAGAGGAGACCGAGGAAGAGACAAGACGCGGGCACAGAAAACAGACAGCGGGUCUUCUCUUUUUCGACACCCGUCUGUCCGUGACCUUCGCGGCAACUCUCCUCGAAAAGAAAAAUGUGGGCGGAAAAGUGUUGCGUGCAGCAAGGCGACCUGCGAACACUUCGCGUAUCGUCGCAUAGGCGAGUAG